AGUGUGUACAGUGAUGUGAGAGGUUGUUGUGCACGGCGAAAUUAUGUAUAUCCUCAUCGGUAGAGAUGUCGAAGUUUGGGAAGUGCGGCCUAAUGGUCGGUGAUAAGAAAAUGAAGGAUAAAAUGCCACCAUUCAGAAGAAAAAAAGCGGGAAAAUCGUUCCCCGUAAAAGUGUGUACUUUGGAUGCUGAACUCGAAUUUAAUUUAGAGUGGCGUGCUACUGGAAGAGAUCUGUUCGAUUUGGUGUGCCGCACUAUUGGACUAAGAGAAACAUGGUAUUUUGGACUUCAAUAUGAAGAUUCAAAAGGCUUUAUAUCAUGGUUGAAACUGGACAAGAAAGUGCAGGACCAAGGCAUCCCACAACAGCCUCAAACAGCAUUCAUGUUUCUGGGGAAGUUCUAUCCUGAAGAUGUGGCGGAAGAAUUGGUGCAAGAGGUUACUCAGCAUCUGUUCUUUCUGCAAGUUAAACAAGCGAUCCUAUCAAUGGACAUCUACUGCCCUCCAGAGGCAUCUGUUUUGCUUGCAUCGUAUGCUGUGCAAGCUAAGUAUGGUGACUAUGAUGAAGCAACUCAUAAGCCAGGAAUGCUGGCAAGUGAAGAUUUGUUACCUCAGAGAGUAAUUGAUCAGUACCAGAUGACACCAGAAAUGUGGGAAGACAGAAUAAAAAUCUGGUACGCCGAUCAUCGUGGUAUGUCCAGAGACGAAGCAGAGAUGGAAUAUCUUAAGAUUGCUCAGGAUCUUGAGAUGUAUGGAGUCAACUAUUUUCCUAUUUGUAAUAAAAAGGAUACAGAACUUUGGUUAGGAGUGACAGCAUUAGGGUUAAACAUAUAUGAAAAAGAGAACAAGCUUACACCAAAAACAACUUUUACGUGGUCUGAGAUUAGGCACAUAAGCUUUGAUGAUAAGAAGUUUAUUAUAAAACCAGUAGAAAAAUCCUCACCAAACUUUGUGUUUUUCUCACAGAAAGUACGAAUGAACAAAUUGAUUUUAGAUCUGUGUAUUGGGAACCAUGAUCUAUUUAUGAGACGUAGGAAGCCCGAUACUAUGGAAGUACAACAAAUGAAGGCCCAAGCUAAGGAAGAAAAGCUGAGGCGACAGAUUGAACGAAACAAACUUGCCCGAGAGAAGCAGUUGAGGGAGGCAGCAGAGAGGGAACGCGCUGCCAUGGAACAAAGGCUGGUGCAGUACCAAGAGGAGAUACGGCUCGCCAAUGAGGCUCUUAGACGCUCAGAGGAAACAGCAGACCUGCUGGCAGAGAAGUCUAGGGUAGCUGAAGAAGAAGCAAUGCUGCUCAGUCAGAAGGCCGCAGAAGCUGAACAGGAAAUUACGCGGCUGAGGCUUGGGGCUAUGAAAACAGAAGAGGAGAAAGUUCAUUUGGAACGAAAGACGAGGGAAGCUGAAAUGUUGACUGCAAGGUUAGUUGACGAAUCAGAGAGACGGGCAGCAGAAGCAGAGAGAUUAAAGGAUGAGCUUAUCAAAGCUCGUCUUGCUGAGAAGCAAGCCAAGGAAAAAUUACUAGAGUUCCUGUCACGCAGUGCCUAUACAAAUAUAGCUCUGCAACCGCUAUCGUCGCAGACUGGUGUCGGAAUGGAUGGUGGCGGUGGUCUCCUGGCAGUGCUCCCCCCACCCACUGCCGUGCCUCCUCUGUACCCAGCCGGGGGGCAAGUCCUGCCAUCAGAGCUGCAAGCCGAUCUCCGAGCUCUCCAGCUCGCAGAUGCCACUGCUGCUGCAGUUGCAUCCGUCGGUGUCGGCACUGUUCUGACAACUGCCCCGCAUGACCUGAACGCCUACGAUUUGAUGGCAGAUGGUGAUGUGGAACAGCUGUCGCUCGAGAUCGAGAAAGAGAGGGUUGAGUACCUUGAAAAGAGUAAGCAUCUGCAAGAGCAGCUACGAGAGUUGCGUUCAGAGAUAGAAGUUCUCAAGGUUGGGGAGAAGCAAAGCCAGCUUGACCAACUGCAUGAUGAGCAAGUCCGGCUUGGUGAAACCAAGUAUUCAACUUUACGUAAGGUCAAGUCAGGUUCAACAAAAGCUCGCGUGGCCUUCUUUGAAGAACUCUAAGAAGAGAUGCCAAAUGUGCAUAGUAAGCACUUCAGUGUAUGUUAAUUUAGCCAAAUGUUGAAUAGGAUGACAUUAAACUGUGUGUUGUGCUCACAGACUUCACAUCACAGUGGCAUCUGAAGAUGUUGUAGAAAUGUUAUUUUUUUAUAUUCUCUAUUGACUUACAUUAUAUCAAAAACACUAUUUUUGUGAAAAAAUUGUAAUAUUCUGCCUCAUUUGGUGUACAAAAAAAUACUCGUGUUUGUGUGUGUGUGUGUGUGUGUGUGUGUGUGUGUGUGUGUGUGUGUGUCAGAGAAGGAGAGGGAACUUGUGUGUUCACACACAACGUAGUUCAUGAGAAAGAGAGGGUGGGACAAAAAGGAAGUUAUCAUAACUGCACCACUUGAGCAAUGUUUAUAAUGAGUGUGUUGCUAUUAUAUACAUUUUUAUAGUGUCACCACCGUACACGUAUAAUUCAAAAUUUAUUGCCUAAUGAUUAAGGUAUUAAAAAGCAUUAUGAAUGUUCCUCACUUUGUUGAAGGACAGGAUCUAUCAUGUUGGUUCUAAUACCUUUUCUGUCCCCUAUCUCAUUCUGUUCAUGACAGAAUAUUUUGUUGGAGGCAGUCAGCAUUGGUGGUCAUCAGUAUUUAGUAACACUGGCAUCGUGUGCAAUCUAUUUGCACUGUAGUUUUAUUUUGAAUAUAACAUUUAACUUCAUCUAGCUGUCUAUAAUAUGUGGUUGCAAAUAUAUCUACAUUUACUUUACUGUUCUGCAUUGACAAAUGUUCAAACUUUGUAAUAUUUUCCUCUCUCUCCUUCUGGGAUCUCCAAGAAAUACUAGUUUUUCUAGCUGAAAGAAAAUCAUCAAGUCAGUUUUCUGUAGGUAGCCAUUGUAACUAAACAAAGAAUAGAAUGCUCCAGGGAGAAAUUUGCAAAUCUGAGUUCACUGCCAUCUAUAGUUACUGGUAUAUAUGUUUUUUCCCCACACAGUACAAUAUAAGAGCAUCAUAUCUGGAAUGAAAAUAACUGUUUUGGAGUCAAAAGGGACAUACUGUCAUAUUGAUAUUUAUGUGGGCUGUAUGGCUCAAUUGGUGGCAAAACGAAAAGAUACUGGUUCGAAUCCCAGUCUGGCACAUGUGUACCCUGUCAGUUCAAAAAGUUUUGAGACUGGACAAAUAAAAACUAGAUAAACAUUAAGAUGGUGGUAUUAAUGUUUCUGGUGAUCUACAUUGCCUCCCCCUGCCCCCCCCCCCCCCCUUCCACGUGGUUACAACACACACAACAUUCAUACAAGCAUUUGAAACUGUCAGAAAUACCUUUAUUUGAAAUGUUGUUCAACUUGCAUAUCACACUGACUUGAAUGUUGAUUAUAUCAUCAAAUUGUUGACCCUCUCUGUGAAUUUCUCCACUUUGUUACUUUGUGUUAGGUUCAUAUUGAUAACACCAAGUCACAUCACCUGCAAAAAAAUUUUUUCAAGAAAAGACUUUUCCGCAUUUUUCAUUUCAAUAAAGCUGUAGCACACAUCUGAGUGUUGUCAUUUUUGUUCAGGAGUUAAUGUGUGCAGGACAAAUUUUGCCCACUGCAGUUGUUAGUUUGAACUGCCACUGUAGUUCCUGACUGACAUUGCUUUUAUGUCAGGAAUAAAACCAGUCAAAGAACUUUUUGGAUGCAAGGUGUAAACCUGUCAGGACACUCAUGUUUGAUAAUUGAUCAGUUAAUGAUUUUUGGUUAUGCGUGCUCAUGGGUACUUUCAGAUAAAGCAAAAACAAAUUUGCAUAAAGUACAAAAAUGUAUUGCCAUUAUGUGAGUAUCAUUAAUGGCAGAUAUUUGCAAGGCUAGGGGCUGAGAAGGAAAUGACAAUGUUUCAGAACAACUAAGUAAACAUUUGAUUUGCAUAACUUACUGGCAUUUUAUCUGAGCUUGUACCUGUGUUUUGUAAUUUUGGAUAAGCAGCUGGAUUGAAUAUUUAAAAAAUGCAUAUCUUGUAGUUCAUUGAUACAUGUAAAUAUGAACUGUGGUAAUUGUUAUAAAGUACGCACAGUGUGAAUGAGCUGAGGCAAUUUUAUGAUAACAGCUAGUGAGAAAUUUGAGCGAUCAUGUGUGCUGUUAGGUUUCUUUAUAUGUGUGCAGAUCCUCCACAUAAAAUGUGGUACCAGUUGUGACUGUGAAUGAACUUCUUCAUUAUAAGAAACUGAACAUCUGAAUAAUUGUGUCAAUAAUUCAUAAUUACAACUAUCUUUCUUUUUAAUUAUAAAGUAUAAUAGCAUAUGUUUCAUAUUUGUGAUUAAGUAUAUUGUGCAGGGUACCUGAUUUUUUGAAUCUCUACCAUUUCAUGUAUGCAAUGUAAAAAGGAAUCUGAUUAUUUAAUUAUCUGAUUGUGUUAUUGUGGCUUUACUCACUGAAAGUUGAUCCACAAAAUCUGAAGAAUAGUCUCUGUCUGUCAUAUUCCCAUUCUUGGUCCAGUUAAGUAAAUUUAUGACAAGUAUCACUACAGGUCAUUUUACUAAACAGUGUUUUGUGAUUUUCAGUAUUAAAACCUCCAUAAACUAUUUGAGUACCAACCAUACUUAGCCUUGCAUACCGUACCUGUUCCCUUUUUUCUCCAAUCAGAAAAAGAGGACAUUGAAACAGCUUUAAAAAAAUCUUGAGCCCAAACAACAUAUCUCCACUUUCCUUGAAUAAAUGUUGUGCCAAACAGAACAGAAACAAACACUGACAGAAUACAUUCCCACCCACACACUCUCAAAAUCUCUCAAUGUGUAAUAUAUUGGUGCUAUGUCAAGCAAGAUAUAUAAAGGAAAAGCAACCACUCACCUACAGCAGAUCAAUGUGUGGAGCACAGAAACACAUAACAGAGAACAGCAUUCACACUAGCUUUUGGGCACUAGCUCUUUUUCUAAUAAUCGCGCACACAUUUGCACACGGAUACCCAAAUGCACACUCCUGUGGCCAAGGCAAGACUGCAAGUGGCCAUGGGAGUGUGUUUAGGGCGUCUGUGUGGUUGUGUGUGUGAAUGUAUGUACUAUUGCUAGAAAAGGAGGUAGUGCUCGAAAGCUAGUGUGUUUUCUGUUAUGUUUCUGUGCUCCAUACAUUGAUCCUAUGUAUGUCAGUGGUUGCGUUUCCCUUAUUCUAUGCAUUGCUCCAUCCAGAAAUUUUUAUUAUUGUCAUGCAAGAUAUGCACAGAAUGAUGAAUCUGCCAUUGUAAAUUGUUGUAAGGGAACAAGCAACCUUGAAUAAAGCUAAGUUUUUAAGAAGUUUGGCAGUUUGAAUACACUGUCAGCUGCUACAUUCUCUUGAAUAUCAGGAUGUACCAUACACUCAGAUGCUGAGAACUUGGCUUGAGCUUUAGUGACCUCUCACAGGGUCAGUGGGGGGG